GAGUGUACACAAGUCGAGUGCUUCGGAAUACCCCAAGUCAAUUCGCAUAUAGUAUCAUUCACCUAUUAUAAUUCAUAACUGCGCCGUGAUUUAAAUAUUCCUGACUGCCAACCAUCUACGAAUUGAGAUAUAUUGACUAUAUUAUCGGAAAAUUUUGCAGUGGACGUAGCACACCAGUAUUCAUCAUGCUAUGAUCAUAGGGCACUAAAUACUUCUCGGCCAAGUUAGGUAUCGUAGCAGUGCCCUAGGUAGAUAUUGACCCGCUAUAAUGCCAUGCUGUGUGCUGAUCCACAGGGGUGGAAGUCGGCGGCUGAUAGUGCCUUUAAGAGCCUCCGGACCCUCUCGGGCGGACACUACCGGUACUAGAUGGCGUCUUCAAGAUUGAAACCGCAUUUGUCAGCGGCCUGCGAAAGCGUUAGAAGCAAUCCUUGCCUAUAGACAAUAUUCUCGAACAUAAUCAUGUAGAACUGCUGUAAUGACCCAUCCUUAGCUAAGUGUCAUAUACCGAAAAUGACCAACUUCAACAUCAAGAUCGUAUCAGACACCGUCUGCCCGUGGUGCUAUGUCGGUAAAAGACGCCUCGACCGCGCCAUCGAGCUGUAUCGCAAGACGUAUCCGGCUGGUCAGAAUGAUACCUUCACCAUUACCUGGGCGCCAUUUUACCUCGACCCGACUUCUCCCGCCGUCGGCAUACCGGUCAAGGAACGGAUGGCCCAGAAAUUCGGCUCGGACAGACUCGAGAUGAUACACCACCGGCUGACGACGGUCGGUCAAGAAGAAGGCAUCAAUUUCGCCUUCGCCGGACGCAUUGGAAACACGCGCGACUCGCAUCGCCUGAUCCAGCUGGGCAAGACGAAGGGUAACGAUGUCGAGAAUCGCGUCGUCGCCGAGCUAUUCAAGUCCUACUUUGAGGGCGAAGGUGAUAUCACCUCCCACGCCACGCUCGUUGCUGCUGGCGAGAAGGCAGGUUUAACGACGAGCGAGGUCAAGGAAUGGCUAGAGACCGGCAAGGGUGGCGCAGAGGUCGAUAAAGAAGUCCAGGAGGCAUAUACCGACGGUAUUUCUGGCGUUCCGAACUUUACUAUCCAAGGCGCGCAUAACAUUGGAGGCGCUCAAGACCCCGAGGUUUUCCUGGCAACAUUCGCUCGGAUCAAGGAAUCAAGCAAAUGAUUGUCGUAGCUGGGCUAUCUCCGCCGGCCUAGUACCCUCAUUGCUGAAGAGGGGCAUUUUUGCCUGUGCAACUAACUAUUUGCCCCUCUUCAAUUCUGGAAAAGUUGAUAAGGUUCGGAUUCAGAGCAUUCACUUUCUCUUAUACUCGCUCUGUCUGUCGUCUGGCGAGCUGGUGCUUGGACUCGGUGACUGAGCAUGCGGCGGACUGUUGAAUAGUCUUACCUAGUUACUUCAUCCUAAUCUGGGAUAUGGUGAGUUUAACAAAUGCGAAGGCUGUCUCAUCUCCGAAGGGCCAGUCCCAUUCCCACGAAUAUUCUACCUAGUUGGCAGGGU